AUGUCUGAUGAUUACCUGGACUUCUGUCCUAUAGCUUCUCGCCGCCCUCAUGUGCGUGCAUAUCUUGAGUAUAUUUACCCAGAUCUAGCAGACACUCUUGACUGGAAAUGGAGGGUUGCGAGCCAGGAAAUUUGCCAGACAUACUUCUUCAAAAAUGUAGAGAAGGUUCAAGCCCCUGUAUUCGACUUUCUGGUGGAUCAUGAGGUGUGGGAAAUGUUUUUUGGCGAAAUCAAGUCGGAGAUGACAGGCAAACCUCUGGCCAGGAUCCCGCAAUGGCCAUUCCAAAUGACGACUGAAAUGAUAGUGGCACGCAAGACAGCCAAGAGAGAGUCGUUGAUAUCCGACAUCAGCGCGAGCACCGCUCUUUCCAACGCCUCUUCAUCCUUUGUCCCGCAAGUUCCUUUGCCGGCUUCGAAGCCAAGUCCUGAUGCCUCCUCAAAUGACGCUGUUGCCUCAGUCACGCAGCCACCUUCAAUCGUUCCACGCGAAAUCAACAUCGAAACACUUUCGACUUCCAUGCCGCCAGACUUGUCCAAAUAUCAGCAGCGACUGUGGUUCUGGAAGCUUACUGGUGGUAACAGUCUCUCUUUUAGAAGUCCCAUCAUCGGCCCCUUCCAGAUGCAGGUCCCACCACACGUUUCGUUCGACAACUGCGUUACCGGUCCAGACCUUCAACACUCGCAGAAAAUCAAGUCAGCUUUACUCCCGCGAGGUUGUUGUCUCAAGACAGAGAUUAUAAUGGUGCAUGACAACGAUGAAAAACCUGGCGUGGUCCUCACUUUGGAAUUUGCUGAAGGGUACGGAGGAAAGGUCUAUGAUCGGGUCGAGCUGCUGAGAUUCUGGGGUGGUAUGACGGACUGGCUCUCCAAGGUGUACGAUGGAGCAUCGCUGUCGCUGUAUAGUCAUCUACUUGACUCCCUUGUAUCUCGUAACGGCAACAUAAGUGCUGUCUCUAAGGGUCUUGAGCAUUUUAAUGCUGCGCGACGUUCAUCACCCACCAACGCAGAGUAUCCAGUUCACAAGCUGUGGUUCAUGUGUUCUAACUCGACGUCUCUUGGACAAAAGCACAUUUGCCCCGCUUUUAUAUUCACUGGAGUACCUGCCUUGUCGCAGCUCACCUGUGGAACUCUUCACAACAACUCUCACCCUUCCGCUCACAGUCGCUCGCCGCACAACACAACAUCCACAGGACUCGCAACAAGCACAGUCUCAUUUAUCGAAAUGGCCAACAACAGCGACAAGACGAAGCAGGUCCAGGAUGAUAAGGGCAUCUCUGGUCCCCUUUUACAUGUAUUGCCACCCAAUGCUUUUCAACAUCCCCCGAUGGACGAGAGAGUCAACAAAAUGGCCGAUGGUACGAUCAAAGAAUACGUCAAACGAUACACGGACCAAUACAUUGGCCAGCUGAGGAGGAACCAGUUGGUCGUGUCCAAUUUCACCGGUCGGCCCGCCAUCUUGUUCCGAAGCGACGACGCGUCCCGUAUUGCGCAGGUCGACGAAAUGGCAUGGUCAAUGAAGAACGACGACCAAAUUGUGGAUGGCAUAAUGAUGUCGAAUGGCAACGAGAUCUACGGCGUGGUGUGGUUGACCAACGACAAGACGUUGGAGGAUGAAGACGCCAAAACCAAGUCCAAAGCGCUUAGGAAGCAUCAUCCUGGAACGGCCAGCAAAGACGAAGUCGAAUGGAAGAUCGAGUACGAUGAAGAGGCCCUCUUUGGUGGCGACGACAUGUUGUGGAUGGGGGAUUCAAUUGAGAAGACUCCUAUGUGA